GAGUAGGAGAUGGAGGAUCAAAGAAGAAGAGGAGGACAGAGCUCGGUUCCUCUUGUUGCUUCUUCGGCUUCUCCGGAACCCACGGUUCUUACAAUUAGUGAUGAAGAUUCGGGUAGUGACGAGGGUAAUGUGAAGUCAAAAGAAGUGAUAGUUGAUUCUCCAUCUCUUCUGGAAGUACCAGAUGAUGAUUUGGAAAUUGAACGGGCUGAUGCUCUCGAAAAGGAUGAUCCCUGCGUUGAGUUGGAUGAUAUGAAUACAACUGAUAUUUCCAGUUCCAGCUCAGAGUUGAUGGAUGCGACAAAUUCAUAUCUUGAAGAUGAUGGGAGAUGUGAAAUCAUAGAUGAAGAAGAGAUAGCACGCUCCACAUCUGAUGAAACUACUAUGGAGGUUGAAGAUAAUUUUGACGUCAUAAUCUUGACAGAUAUGGAGGAAGAUCAGCAAUAUAGGGAAGCAAAUGAACGUGAUGAAGAAAUUCUAAAACCUUGUCAUCCACUGCCAUUUACUUGUCCUGCAACGAGGACCAGAUCAUGGUUUGGAAAACAGCCAAAAAUCUCUUAUUGUAGGUAUUUCGGAACACUUGACAUUGAUUGGGAGGAGUGGGAGAAGGAGGAGGAAGAAGAAGAAGAAGAAGAAGAAGAAGAAGAGGAUAAUGAAUCACAGGAAGAUGAACCGUUGUCUUUGUCAAAGAAAAAAAUCUUCUCAAAAACAUGCAUUCCUCGGGAAGACAAGCCAUUGUCUUCAUUAAACAAGAAGAACAAGUGUUCAAAACCUCAGAAAGAUGGAGCGUCUUCUUCAUCAAACAAGAAGAAAUCCUCGGAACCUCGGAUAGAUGAACCAUCACCUUUACUAAACCAUGCAAAAUCUGGAAAAAGAAAGAGGGAUAUCCCCUCCAAAGAGUAUUUUAUUCCAGAGCUCCUUGUUAAUACGAUGUGCGACAACACAAUAGAUAUUCCUUCUAUCUUUCCUACAAAGGAAUCUUGCAAUGAGGAACCUGACUUUUUCUCAUGGAAUGAUGAAGAACUCAAAGUUGUUGAAAAGUCUGAUCAUGAGAAAUUUAUAGAUGAACUUUGGGCUGAUUUUGAUUUUGCCAUGGGUUCUACUAAUAUUGGCUCCUACAAUGCUGAUAAGAGUCAAGAAGAAAAAAUCACAAAUAUGGAAGAUAGACUACUGCCAUCAUGCUUGAGUGGGGAGCAUUGUUUUAUCCUAGAUGAACAAAUAGGGCUCAUAUGCAAGUUCUGCUCCUUUGUUAGGAUGGAAAUCAGACAUAUUCUUCCAUUUUUUGGGCAAAACAUGUUUCGAAAAUCAGAGAUGAGAAAUUCCAACAGUGAACAGGACCAACUAUAUUUUGAAAACCUUCUUGCAUCCAUUAAUUUAAGUGGGGAAGCUUCGGCUAAUAAUUCCAGAAAAACUGUGUGGGAUCUCAUCCCAGGUGUUUACCAGACCAUGUACCAGCAUCAACGAGAAGCAUUCGAGUUUAUGUGGAGAAACCUAGCAGGGGGGAUUGAUCUAAACAAGUUGAUUUCCCAUUCCAAACCUGAUGUGGUAGGGGGUUGUGUGAUUUCUCAUGCACCAGGGACAGGGAAGACCCGAUUAUCCAUUGUUUUUAUUCAAACUUAUAUGAAGGUUUUUCCAGAUUGCAGGCCUAUGAUAAUUGCUCCUAGAGGAAUGCUCCUAACAUGGGAGACAGAAGCUAGAAAAUGGGAUGUCAACAUUCCCAUUCAUAAUCUGAAUUCUUUAGAAUACACUGGGAAAGAAGACAAAGCCAUAAUUUCUUCAUUGACUUCAAGACAACCACGAACUAAAAUGUCAGUGCGGCUCGUGAAACUGUGUUCAUGGAGCAAAGGCAAUAGCAUCCUUGGAGUAAGUUAUAAUCUGUUCAAGAAGCUGUCUUCUGAGAGGACUACAACUGGAUUGGAUAAGUUUCUUCUUGAGAAACCAGGUUUGCUAGUUCUUGAUGAAGGGCAUAUUCCAAGAAAUCAACGGAGUCUUAUAUGGAAGGUAUUAGGAAAAGUCAAAGCAGAAAAGCGACUCAUCCUUUCUGGAACACCCUUCCAAAAUAAUUUUGACGAGCUUUACAAUAUCUUGUGUUUGGUACGGCCUAAAUUUGCAGAGGAGAUCACAAAUAACAAUUUGAAAUUAGGAAGGCAAAAGGUUUGCAUAGACGAGCAACCAAUUGGCUUUCCUGAAAAAGAUGGUGGAAAAGAACUUUGGACUUCUCUAACUAGCAAUGUUACUGAUGACAAUGUUGAAGAAGUCAGAUCUAUAUUGAAACCUUUUGUGCACAUUCAUAAUGGCACUAUCCUGAAUGAUCUUCCAGGUAUGAGAGAAUAUAUAAUUCUUUUGGAUCCCGUACCUCACCAGAAAGCCAUGAUUGAAAAAGUAAAACACAUUGGAUCCAAAUCCGCCUUAGACUGUGAAUACAAAUAUUGCUUGGCUUCCAUCCAUCCUUCCCUGGUGACUUGUCUGAAGAUGUCUAAAGAAGAUGAAUUGCUGGUAGACAAGGAUUUGCUUGAAAAGUUGAAACUCAAUCCAGCUGAAGGGGCAAAAACACGAUUCGUUGUCGAAAUUGUUCGCUUGUGUGAAUCGCAGAAUGAGAAAGUGCUUAUUUUCAGUCAGUAUAUACAACCACUGACGAUGAUUAAAGAACAACUGAUCAACGAGUUUAACUUGAUUGAAGGGAAGGAGGUCUUGGAGAUGACCGGAAAGGUUCAUUUGCGAAAUCGUCAAUCUUCGAUAAAUAUGUUUAAUGAUGAAAAAAGUGAAGCUAAAGUGCUACUUGCAUCAACCAAGGCUUGCUGUGAAGGGAUAAGCUUAACCGGCGCCUCAAGGGUUAUACUUAUUGAUGUUGUAUGGAAUCCGGCAGUAGGAAGACAAGCCACCAGCAGAGCAUUCAGAAUUGGCCAAAAGAAAUUUGUAUACACUUACAACUUGAUUACAUCUGGGACAGGUGAAAAGGAAAAGUAUGAGGCACAAAUCAAAAAAGAUCAUUUGUCCAAAUUGUUGUUUGCCCAAGAAAGUGAUUCCACUAUUACCAAAAUCCGUUUACCUCAGUCAAAGGAAGGUCACCCAAAUAGUGUUCUCUCCAAAGACAAGAUUCUGGAACAAAUUGUUGAUAAAAUGAAGGGCAUGUUUAUUGAUAUUUUCUGUUCAUCCAAGGAGUAAUUGUAGAAAACUAUGACACACUACAACUCUUCCUUCAAUGCAUGCACCAUGGGGAGUACACCUUCAUCAAGACCUCUCAAUUGAUACCUCUCUUACAACCCUUGCAAGAUUCUUCACUUUUACCACUGUUCUUUUAGCAUAAUCUAUCUCCCAUUCUUUAGUGUUCUGCAAGU